AUGUUUCCCAUGGACGGUGCACGGCUACAGGUGAAGAAAGAGGCUGACGAGUGUUCUAUUGAGAUGCCAGCUUGCUCAGAGGUGCGGCCAGAGAACCUUAUGUCCAAUUACCCGGACUUUUCCGAUUCCCGGCGCUGGGAUACAGCAGCGGGAGCACGCGAGCCGAGUCUAGAUGUGAACAAAGAUGGCGGCGCGCGUCCGCUCAUUGCAACAGGCUCAAUGACUCUGAAAUUCUCGGGCAGUGGGAAUCUGGAGGCGUAUCUGGCCCAGUUUGAACUAUUGGCUGCGGCAGCGGGCUGGUCGGGCCAGAUGAAGGCAGUGCAAUUGACUUUAUCCCUGACUGAAGAGGCGGCUGCCUGUUUGUUGCUUCUGUCUCCAGAUGAGAGACAGGACUAUGCUAUGCUGGUGGGAGCUCUGCAGAGGCGUUUCGGAGUGCUCAAUUUAAAAGACUCCCUGCGCUGUGAGUUCAAGAACCGAGUGAGGCGGCCGGGUGAGUCCCUUCGCUCUCUGGCGCAUGAGAUUGAGAGCCUGGGCAGACGUGCAUAUUCAACUUUGCCAAGUGUGAUCCAGAGUGAGCUUGUGCAUGACCAGUUUGUGCAUGCCCUGACCCCAGUUGAACUGCGGUUACACGUUCAGCUUAUCCAUCCGGUGUCGCUGAGCCAGGCGCUGGAGUUAGCUCUGGAGAGAGAGACUGCAUUUGGUGCCUCAAAGUGUACUGAACUCAUGGUCACUGCUGCAACUAAGGUGGAGCCAGAGUAUAAACCCGCUUGGGCGGAGGAGCUGAUCCAUGCUGUGAAGAACCUCGCUGUGAGGCCGAGAGGUGCAGACACGCAGUCCCCAUCGAACCUUCCACCCUCCUGCUGGGGGUGUGGCAAGCCCUGCCACACUCUCCGUCGCUGCCCGGAGGCAAAAGGUCCACCACCUGCGCCUGUAACUCCCCUGCAUGACUCGUGCCCUACUCGUCCCCUGUCGUGUGAACCUCAAGACAGAGCUGAAGCUGUCAGUUUAAUCUGGGAGAAGAGCUGUGGGGGCUUGGAUGAGCAGCAGAAAGCAGAACUGUGGCAGGUCCUGUGGGAAUUUAAUGACUUGUUCGCACUAAAUGAUAAUGAGGUGGGGCUCACACAUCUAGUUGAGCACCACAUUGAAACAGGGGAUGCACAGCCUAUCAAGGAGUGCCUGGUGUAUCUGGAUGAUGUCCUGGUCCAUGGAAAGUCUUUCCGAGCGGCCCUAGACUCUCUGCGGUUGGUGCUUGGUAGGAUUGCGACAGCCGGAUUAAAGCUUCACCCGGAUAAGUGCCACUUCAUGCGGAGGGAGGUGGAGUUUCUGGGCCACAAAGUCGAUGAGGGCCAGGUGGCGCGCUGGCUGGAGGAGCUGCAGUCGUUUCACUUCGAGAUUGUGCAUCGCCCUGGAACACAACAUGCUAAUGCUGACGCCCUGUCUCGGCGUCCGUGUGCAUCAACCGGGUGUGGCUACUGUGACCGGAGAGAUGCCAGAGAGGAGGAACUGCGAGGGGAGGCUGCCGUGGCUGAGCCCGCUUGCUGCUCUGUAGAGGUAGAGGGUAGUCCUGAUUGGGCCUCUGAACAAGAAAAGGACAGUGACUUGCGCCUAGUGCGCCAGUGGGUAAUUAGGGGUGAGAGACCCUCCUGGGAGGGUGUUAUGGGGCUUUCAGUGGCUACUAAGGGCCUAUGGAGUAAGUUCAAAACACUUCGCGUUUUGGAGGGAGUACUACAGCGGGGAUGGAAGGAACCAGCGACUGGGGAGGAGAGGUGGCAAAUUGUGGUGCCCAAGGCCCUGAGAGAUGGUGUGCUGGGGGCAUGUCAUGGGGGGGCUGGCUCGGGUCAUUUUGGGACAACUAAGACACUGUAUCGCUUGCGUCAGGAAUAUUAUUGGGGCCAGCACCGUCGUGAUGUCGAGGACUUUUGUCGUCGGUGUGAUGAGUGUGCUGCCUACAAGGGGCCUCAGGACCAGUCCCAUGCCCCCCUGCAGCAACAAGCAGUUGGUGCGCCCAUGGAGAGGGUAGCUGUAGACAUUAUGGGCCCUUUCCCAGUCUCAGAUCAGGGAAAUAAAUAUGUGAUGUGUGCAAUGGACUAUUUCACAAAGUGGCCCGAGGCCUAUGCCCUGCCAGACCAGGAAGCAGAGACAGUGGCAGAUACACUGCUGGAGGGCAUGUUCAGCCGUUUUGGUACCCCAGACAUCAUUCAUAGUGACCAGGGCAGAAAUUUUGAGUCACGUGUCUUUGCAGCCCUCUGUGACAGGCUGAACUUGCAGAAAACCCGUACCACACCAUUGCAUCCACAGAGCGACGGCUUAGUGGAGCGUUUCAACCGCACUAUGCAGCAGCAAUUGGCAAUCCUCACUGCAGCUCACCAGCGUGACUGGGAUAAACACAUUCCCCUUGUUCUGAUGGCCUAUCGAUCUGCUGUCCAGAACUCCACUAACUGUACCCCGGCUCUGUUGAUGCUGGGCAGAGAGAUACGGACUCCGGCAGCUUUGGCUUAUGGACGUCCCCCAGGGGAUCUGGAGGACGUGCCGGGACCAGAGUAUGCCAGAAAACUACAAGAUAGAAUGGAGUCGGCUCAUGCUUUUGCUCGAGACCAGUUGGAAAAAGCUGGUAUGAGACAGAAAAGGAACUAUGAUGUGAGAAGUAAAGGUAAAGACUUCAGUACUGGGGACUUAGUUUGGGUUUACACUCCGAAAAGAAAGAAAGGACGCUGCCCUAAACUAGAUAGCCACUGGGAUGGUCCUUGUCGUGUGUUAGAGCAGGUGGGGGAGGUGGUCUACAGAGUACAGGUUCCCCCUCGAGGCAGGAAGGUAGUUCUUCACCGGGACAGGCUCGCACCAUACAGGUGUCAGACAGUACCUUGA